AUGCGUCGUCUUCGUUCAAUGUUUACUUCUAGAGAAAGGCAUGGUGGACAACAUACAAUUUCCCCCCAAUCUUCAGUUGAAGAAGAACAACAACAUUCUACUAGUCCAACAACCCCUUCAAAUUCUUCCCAAAAUUCUUUCGAUUUUUUUGUUGAGGAUUUAAUAAAUAAAAAGUGGAGUGAUGAAAGUUGGGCGAUGAAUGUGGAUUUUGCUUCGGAUCCGUCUGCAUGGGAGAAUCAAUUUGGGUUUACUUGGAAGAAAUUGGAGGGACUUUUGAAUAAAACUAGACGUGAUAAAAAUACAAUUUUGAAGGUCAACGAGCAUUUAUCUAUUUUGUGUAAAUUAUUAGUUAUGGAAGUCAAUUCUCAAGCAGAACCUAGUAUUGGCCCAAUUUUAGAACAAUUCUUUACGGAAUCAAUUCUUAUGUUGGCACACAAUUGGAUUGUGCAAGUUUCUCCUUUUUAUGUUCAGUCUUGUCAGGUUUGA